AUGUGCCGGCAGGGCGGAAGAACUGGGGCAGGGGUCACUAGAGACCUCAUCGAGAAGCCCCUGGAACCCGCUAGUGGGUUCGAGAAGGAAGGUGCGUUUUUAGUGGAAGGAGUUCGAGGACAUACAGAUGGGAGUGAUAUUGCCCUGGACAAUUUCUGCGUCAAAGUCUGCGAUCCCAGAGAUAUCUGCAGUACAACUCCAACUCCUCCCCCUCGAGUGAGUGCCACGUGUCACGUGGCUGGAGAUCCUCACUACUUCACGUUUGAUUCUGCACUUAUAACCUACAUGGGCACAUGCACCUACCAACUGGUGAGCGUCUGCAAUGCCGACAACGUGACACCCUUUACCAUAUUGGCUAAGAACGAAGAGCGGGGGCAGCCGAAUGCCUCCUACCUCAAGCACGUUUACGUCGACAUUGGCAGUGACCGCAUCCACCUGAAGAAAAAGAACGUGAUUCUGCUCAAUGGAAAGAAAGUCAAGACCCCAAUGAUCGAAAGUUUGGUUCCUGGAGUGCAGUUCAGCAUUAUUGGGAGCUACGUGCAUGUGGUGACAGACUUUGGGUUGGUGAUCAAAUUUGAUGGUGUGCAUCACCUCUCAAUAACUCUAUCAAGUGCUUAUGCCAAUAAGGUAAUUGCAGUUUUCAUUGUAGCAGACCUUCGUACAAGUGGUAAACAUUCUGUACAUGUUUCCUACACAUGCUGUAAACGUGGAUGGAAAUGCAAAAUCGUAUGCUAAUUUGCACGCUUAAAUGUAUGCAGGCGUCUAUAAUGCAGUCAGUCAAUCUUUACAUGAAAAUACGUUCCGCUAUGCGUAGAUCCUGCUAUAUGUGUUUAUUCAUGCGUUUAACUUCUCUCGUGUAAGCAGCAAUGCAUUGAUAAACGUGAAUAGGGAGAAUGUGCCGCCAUUUCCGAGUCGCUCCUCCUAUCUGUACGAAAGCUCAGGGAAUAGAUAGAAUGACGUGCUUACAGGAGAUCAUUCCUGGAUUAUUUCUGGUCAGGUGAAGUUCUCGGAUAAGUAUGGAUAACAGGAUAUACCCCGUAGAUAGAUUUACAAUACCUCAAAAGAAGCGGCCACGUGCACAUGCAUACAGUGCACAUGGAGAAGGCUGAAUUGUUUUUAAUAGGCAUGCUUAAUAAUUCAUAUGUUAAAAUAUAUUUGUAUUACACUUUAUACAUGUAAAAAUAUUUGCUUUACAACUUAUGCAAAUGCAAUUCAAAUUUAACACGAAUGCUUUCGCAACCAAUAUGGUUAAAUGUUGUAGAUCGCAGUCAUUGGCACG